AGUUAACCAGCCACCGUAGAUGUGCACUUCUCGUCUUGUUGGGGCUGUGUUGUUAUACUUGGAUGUUGUGGUCUGAGGAUCAGCUCGUAAAUGAAAAUUCACUCGGAAGACAAAAAAGCACAUCAAUGUUCAGUCUUGGCCUGUCCGUCGACCAUUUAUGACGUGUUUUUUCACUUGAUGUGCGCAUUUCGCGUUUCCACUGCUUUUUAGAGCCGGCAUUUUUCCGACCAUACCAUUCUGCAUACAACAAGAAGUGUGUGAAGUCUCGACUCGAGGAUUUCUGUAAGAGAUGUUUGUGCGUGCGUACAUAUGAAGAAAGGUGAAAUCCAAGGGUGGACGAUAAUUGUCUAACCUGUUCUAAUCGCGUAGUGAGGCAUUUUUGUGGGAAACUAUUCAAGUGGAUUGAUUCUUCCUAAUUUUGGGAGUGUUUACCGAUUCUACGUUCGCCUGCACUAGAAUCAAAAAUUGUGACGAAGAAUACGAAAGUGUUUAUCCCCAAUCAGGUGCUCACAGUUUCACAUACUGUUCAUCGUGCGUAGUUGCAUCGGAAACCUGUUCCAUUGAAGUUUACCUAACGGAUCGGUCAUUUUAAAGGAUUUGAACAAAAUGUUACUGCGAAAUGGCAUAAGUUUAAUUUUACUGCUAAUGUGUGUGCUUUCCACGUUACAAGCGGCACCCAACAAUCAUCGUCACAGUGACAGUAAUACUGAGGUGGUGACGAUCAAAGAAAACGAGAACGAAACAAUCAAAACGGCAAAAUCAUUAACAGCUGGCAAUAGGACCAAGAAAUCCAACCUCAAGUCGACACCAAUUACCUACAUCACCACGCUAGCGGACGUCGCCCAUCAGCACCAUGCCAAAGCGUCUACGCCGAAGAAAUACAGCGGCAAACCGAUGGCGAAAGCUCGUGACGACAAAGAACUGCAGCAACACAAGACAGUCAAAGUCAAGCAUCAUCAUUCGGAAAAGUCCAACGGCAAGUCUCUGGAGGUGCCAAAAAAGGAACCUCUGAAUAAUCCAGCAAUGCUCAGCAAAUUGGGUCUUGGCAAGCUGCACAUCUCUUCUAGCCAUCACAAGAAGCGAUUAGCGGUGGAGUCUCGCCACCAUGGCCGACCCGAUGACUCACAUAUGUUCGUGAUCAAGCUGCCACCAAAUCCGUACUACUACACCAACAAUGGACCGGUUCCGGCGCCCAAUGCGAUCGAGGAUGUAGGCAAAAAGGUCCCUGUGGGUUUCAAAUCGAAUGGAAAGCCCGGUCGAAUCUACCAUUGGAACAUCCCCGUGCUGAAGAAGAUCCUCGGCAACAAUCAUGGACGGAACCCAAAUUCACGACACCAUGAUAACAUCGAUGAACUUAUCGACAUUAAAGAUAUUCCCACGUGGAGCAAGCCAUGGGAGAACGAAGCGUUGGACAAAUCAUUAAUCAAGUUCAGCACUGUGGAUCAUGUUGAGAAACUCCAGAAGAAGAAAUCUCCCUCCUACUAUGCUCCUAUCAAGGCAAAAAAGAGCGCUCAAGGAAAAUAUUAUGCUAGCAAUGGCAAACCUCAAAGCUUCUAUGUAAUCGAAAAAAGCCUCCAGAAGAAUCUGAAACCAAUUCAACACCACAAACUGAUUCCGUAAGAGCAAUCGUUUUGAUUAUGAUCUUCUUGCCAGUUUUUCGAGUAAGAGAGGAACGCGUAUAGAUAGUACAUAAGAAAAGUUAAGACCGUGCUUAUAGCGGGGAAUAUGAAAUCAACGUACACGUAUUGAGCUUUAUACAAUUUACAUGAGAGAGCUUUUCUUUAGUAGGAAAGGGCGUUACGCGGCAGUCUUUGGUUGGUGUCUUUGGAGAUUAUUCAUAGGAUCGUUCGUUACGUUAUUCGAUUUGUAUAGAAUUGCUGCAGAGAUGCCAACCGAAAUGGUCAUUUUUCGGAUCAUAUAUUUAUUUUUUUCUCAGUCGAAACUGGGUAUUAACGAAGCGAAUAAACGCACACAUUUUAAUAUUAAUAAUGAAUAUCAUUAAGAUUAUAUAUAGAUAGCUAGGCAUAAGGAGUAAUCAAAAGCAAUUGAAAGACUAAAAUUUUACAGUAGUGUAUAAGGAACAUGUAAAUUAAACACAAAAUAACAACGGUCCGAUAAGACCUUUCCUUGCUUCUACGAAACAUUCGUUAAGAUUUUGGACUUCC